CCAUUUUGAUUGUUUACCUGUAUGACAUGUGUCAUCGAUAUCGUGGUUGGAUUCUCUAGUUUAAAAUCUUCACGAUGCCUGCCCAUUGCUGUGCAUAUGGCUGCAAAAACAGACAGAUUCCAGGCGUAGAUCUCAAGUUUUUUAGAAUACCUAGGGACCCUCACCUGAGAGCAAAGUGGGUGUCAGCCAUCAAGAGAGACGACUGGGAGCCCACCGAACAUUCAAGGAUCUGUUCCAAACAUUUUAUAAACGGCCAGCCUUCAAGGGAUCCCACAAAUCCAGAUUUUGUGCCAACAAUCUUUUCUCACCGAGCUGUUCCUGAAAGCAUUCUGCAAGAAAAAGUUCAACGUCACCAGAGGCUUCUUGAAAGAAAAGAGAACAUUGCUAAAAACGAAUCCGCCCAAGUUCUACUCUCCUUGAGCCAGGAAGAACCAUUAAGUGUCACAACUGGAACCUCCACACAAACACCAGUGCAAUCUAUCUGCGAAAUGGCCGUACAAACUGAAAUCUCACUGCCAGUCAUGACAGGUCUGAUUGUGACAAACCAGUACCUGAAGAGUGUGUGCGACAAGAAUGCUGAAACUUGUGCCGAGUUGAAACAAGAGCAGGAACUGUUACAGCGCAAGUGUGAAGAACACGUCAAAGACACUGAAGCGUUAAAGGCCUCAUUACAAAGACUGGAAGAAGAAAACAAAUUUCAGCGGGAUGAUUUUGAGAAGAAGACACUUAGUUUCCAGAAUCUGAAAGGGGAUGAUCGACGCACCAAGUUCUACACUGGAUUCCCUAAUUUUGAAACUUUAAGUGCAGUGUUGAGUGUAACAUCUACAAAAGUGAAGAGGAGAAGGACAAAGUUACCAAAAGAAGAUGAACUGUUGCUGACCCUAGUGAAACUUAGGAGGAAUCUUGCAAUGAACGACUUGGCCUACAGAUUUAAUAUCAGCCAGUCUUCAGUGACAAACAUUUUCCAUGCAUGGCUGGAUGUCCUUUAUACUUCAUUAGGAGGACUUGUGAAGUGGCCUGAAACAAAAGCCAACUGA